CGUCAACGCGUCGGCGUCGUUCACGCCACAACGCGGCUUGAUGCUCUUCUGUUUUCAUUCUCGCCGAACUUUUAGUGAGUGCGCGCCGUCCGUUCUUCUAUCCCGGUAGGCCAUGGGCUAGCGCGAGCCGAGCUUUGAACAGCUGACGAUCAACCGGCAUUGCUGCAUCGGUCAACGCACGCUUGAUUUGCUCGAGGUUUUCCUCUUCUUUUCGGAUGGACACACGUAGACUUGCAUUUGUCCGGUGUCAGGUGGAACAUGAACGAUUAACUGUUGAUUUCUUUCGAGGAUUUCCAGAAUUACGAAGGAUUUUCAUAAUACUGAAGUGCGGCACGACUUGAAGCAGAUGAAAGCUUAAAAGUGUAAUCGCACAUGUGGAUAGUAGAUCCUGUUUAUGAUUGGAUAUUAUGUGGUUUUGUGGCUGAAUUGGUAAUCGGACUGGAUUGUAGUGAUGCCUUGAAAUUCGGAAGAUGGGCAUUGUAACGAAAACGAUUGGAGUUAUAUUCAGUCUCCUGUUCGAACAGGAGAUAAUGUCGUACGUCCCUGCGUCUACGUCAUCGACAACGAAUGGUCGUACAGGAGGCAACUCUCCAUUGACCUCCUCUCCCGUAGCUUCUCCAGGACCUCCCGGCAGACAUCGAACGGCAGCUACUGCAGCUGCCGCAGCUGGAGGACCUCAUCACCACAAGAGGGACUUUGAAGCGAAGCUGAGGAAUUUUUACAAAAAGCUGGAUGUUAAGGGGUAUGGGCAGGGACCUGGCAAGUUCAAACUACAUAUAAGGCGAGAUCAUCUGCUAGAAGAUGCUUUUCGUAGAAUAAUGUCUGCUGGCAAGAAAGAACUCCAGAAGGGCAAACUUUGCGUGGCAUGGGACGGAGAGGAAGGCUUGGACUACGGAGGACCGUCCAGGGAGUUUUUCUUCCUACUGAGUAGGGAGUUGUUCAACCCUUACUACGGGCUGUUCGAGUAUUCUGCGAACGAUACGUACACUGUGCAGAUAUCUCCUAUGUCGGCGUUCGUCGACAACUAUCACGACUGGUUUCGUUUUAGUGGUCGCGUGUUAGGCCUAGCGUUAGUUCACCAGUACCUUCUAGACGCUUUUUUCACCCGUCCUUUCUACAAGGCUCUCCUCAGGCUACCGGUGGCUCUCUCGGAUCUAGAGAGUCUCGAUCACGAGUUCCAUCAGUCUCUAAGGUGGAUUCGGGAGCAUGAUGUCUCUGCUGUGCAGGGGGAAUUAGAAUUAACUUUUGCUGUAACAGAGGAAGUUUUCGGCCAAGUGACUGAAAGAGAGCUCAAGCCUGGUGGCAGAAACGUACCUGUCACGGAGAAAAAUAAAAAGGAGUAUCUGGAGCGCAUAGUUCGUUGGCGGUUAGAACGCGGCGUUGCAGAGCAAACGGAAUCGUUGGUUAGAGGCUUCUACGAAGUGGUCGAUCCACGAUUGGUGCAGGUGUUCGACGCGAGAGAAUUAGAAUUGGUGAUCGCGGGUACAGCGGAGAUAGAUCUGGCCGAUUGGAGGGCUAACACUGAAUACCGGGGAGGAUAUCAUGAUCAGCAUCCUGUCGUCGUUUGGUUCUGGCAAGCCAUCGAAAGGUUUACGAACGAGCAGCGUCUUCGCCUGCUCCAGUUUGUCACAGGCACGUCGAGCGUCCCUUUCGAAGGGUUCGCCGCUUUACGGGGCAGCGUGGGCCCACGCAAGUUUUGCGUGGAAAAAUGGGGCCGACCGAACAGUCUCCCACGUGCGCACACCUGUUUCAACCGGCUCGAUUUGCCUCCAUACCCCACUGCAGAAACGUUGUACGACAAGUUGCUGUUGGCUGUUGAAGAGACGAAUACGUUCGGUAUCGAGUAGAUUCGUAGUAUGAAUGUGGCUUUUGCUCUCAUCGUUUAUUGUAUGUAUGCGCGGAUAUGAUAAAUUGGGUAAAUGGCGAGGGGUACGUGCUAGAGAUGCCGCUGCUCAAUUAAAGAUGGCGGGUAGAGAGGAGUUGAUUGGAAUUUUGUAAUUUUAGCCUCACACAUAACGUCGAUUUCUCGACUAUCAAAAACGGGUUGAACAUGUCGUCGCCCUAUGUAACAAACUGCUCUGAGACACAAAAUGGUCCUAACAGACGAUUUAUGCACGCGAUUUGUUUCACAUGACAACGUCGCACGACAAGAUCGUGCGUUUUGAAAAAGUCGUACGAUAUUUCUCUUGACGUGCGGUUUCUAGAUUAUGUCGCACGACAAGAAAUCUGUCAAAAGGCACGACCUUGUCGAACGAUACAAAUUGCAUGAAUAAAUGUGUUCAAAGUUGAAGAGGAAGUCGUAUUUUGAGCACGUCACAUAACACCAUUUAUGGGGGAACUCCUAUGUAAUUGUAAUCACAUUUUUUGGACAAAACAGUAAGGAAAUUUCUCACAAAUGUUGACGCGGAAAGUUGUUGUAAGCAUAAUACUGGAACGCGCAAAAUUUACAUUUGGAGCUUGAUCUCGGAAAUGUAAACCGAAGUAACACGAAAUCAUAGGAAACACAAAAUCACAUCUAAUAACUUUUUGCCCAUUUUUAUGACCUAUACUGGUUGCGUUUUCCUCAAGCAACCACACACACUUUCAAGGUCUAGACACAAUAUUAACCCUAAAGUUGAACAUCUUGUUCAACAUAAUAUCCUUGAAAUUCCAAAGUGCCCAGGAUUUUCAGUCACUCAAGUCUCAAAGUAAAAUGAGUGUGCAACCAUACCUCAAGUGCUUGAUCUUUUUGGUGGGUUGUGAAAGGAUAAUGUAACUUUAUUUGGUGCUUUGAAUCUAGGACCAUAUAUAUAACAAACGCGGGCAACUUCUUGAAUCCACUUUUUACUAAUAAAACCUUGUCCCAAUAUAAAAUCUGCCAUCGUUGAUACUAUGCGGAUAAACAUCGAAGGUCACGAUAUCCAAGAGCUCGAUUUUCCCUACAUACGUACCUCUCUCCAAAAUUGAGAUAUUUAAAAAUUAUAUCUUUAUCUCUGUUUUCAGUGUUGAAGCUUUUAUUGAAGUUGCAGGAUCAAUUUCUGUAUGUAAAGCUCAUUGUGCAUAUGUUGCAUAGGAAAUCUACGAGAAACAAAUCACAGAACUGCAUCUUUUCGUAUAUACCGUUGACUCUUUAAUUGGCCUUUAUACUUAGGGCAUAUGUUUUCUAUGGAUUCUGAGAAAGUCAGGGAUAUUCGAAUUGUUUUCGACACUAUUUUGCUUACCUUAUGGUGGCUCUAAAGUAUCGAAGACCACACGUUCUGUUUCUGACAUAUUUCAAUAGAUCUUUUAAAAAUGGUUUGGAUCUUUGGAUGACGAGAUAAAAAAUCACUAUUAUGUUAAAAUUGAGAAUCGCAAUCAAGCCCACGCAUAAAGGAGUAUUUAAGGUGGCACGGCCCUUUUUUAGAUUUCUUUUGAACUUCGUUUCCUUUGCAUCUGAUAUUUUGA